GGAUCAUUACAGGUGAAACACAGUGUGAACAGCAUGGCCGAUGAACCUCCAGUGAAGAUAAAUAAAGCGGGUGAGGAGAAAGUAGACUGGCGAAAAUGGAAAGCAAAAAAAAAAGAGGAGAAGAGACGACGGAAAGAGAGCCGACUGAUUCAGCAGCUAGAGAAACAGAAACAGAAGAAAGAGGAGGAGAAUCAACAACAGAUUCCACAGGAACAAAAAGAAAGUAAAGGUCGUGCGUACACAUUGAGUGUGGCUCUGCCUGGAUCAGUGAUGGAUAAUGCGCAGUCGCCAGAGCUGCGUACGUACCUGGCAGGUCAGAUCGCUCGGGCAUGUGCCGUGUUCUGUGUGGAUGAGGUCGUCAUAUUUGAUGAGCAUGGAGAGGACACAAAAAGUGUUGAGGGGGAGUUCAAAGGUGUUGGUAAGAAAGGCCAGGCCUGCGUUCAGCUCGCACGGAUCUUGCAGUACCUCGAAUGUCCACAAUAUCUGCGCAAAUCUUUCUUCCCAAAGCAUCAAGACCUGCAGUUUGCUGGUCUGUUGAAUCCUCUGGACAGCCCUCACCACAUGCGCAUGGAUGAGGAGGCGGAGUUUCGUGAGGGGGUGGUACUUGAUCGGCCAAGCAAACAGGGAAAAGGGUCAUUUGUAAACUGUGGGAUGAUGAAGGAAGUUCAGAUUGAUAAACAGCUACAAGCCGGACUGAGAGUCACUGUACAGCUCAACAAGAGCCAAAACAAAGAGAGUAAAGUGCGUAAAGGUGCAGUUGUGGCUCCUCAUGUCCCGAGGACAGAGGGGGGGCUGUACUGGGGUUACAGCGUGCGUCUGGCUUCCUGUCUUAGCGCUGUGUUCACAGAGUGUCCUUAUAAAGAGGGGUAUGACCUGACCGUUGGUACAUCAGAGAGAGGAAAAAGCGCAGAUGAGAUCUCUCUGUCUCCAUUCAAGCACAUGUUGGUGGUGUUUGGUGGUGUUCAGGGUUUGGAGGCGAGUGUUGACGCAGAUGAUAAUCUGGAUGUCACUGACCCCAGCGUGCUCUUUGACCUUUACCUCAACACCUGUCCAGUGCAGGGCAGUCGCACCAUUCGCACUGAGGAAGCCAUAUUGAUCUCUCUAUCAGGACUGAGGCCAAAAAUAGCAGCGGUAUUCCCUGAAGUGUCUAAAGGAUGACUACAGGUAGUAGAUUUACCCUGCGACUGUCUGGAACAGGACUUUUGUUUUCAGCGGUUUGACGUUCAGUAACAGAUUGGCCUUCGAGAGGAAGUGAACUCUUCAAGUGUAUACUCAUAACGCAGACACACAUGGUUUUUGAGAUAACAAACUUAGAGGAAAAAUGCUUUUGAGCUCUUUAUCAAUGCACAUUUUUUUUUUGUAUUUACAUUUCUAUGAAAUAUCUGUUUCAAUGAACUGCCAUGAAUAUUGUUUAGAACAUUAAACAAAUGAAUCAUG